AUGGCUGAAUUUAGCGAUGCUGAGCUCAGAAAGAUGAUGGGUACACUUUCACUCUUGGUACAAGAUUCCAGGAGAGAAAUUAACCACUUGCAUGAUAAGUUGGAGAACAAUAGUGACUCAAAAUAUCAAUCUUUAGAAACGUACAUCAACUCAAAGUAUGCAGAUACUAUAAAAUCAUUUGAAAAAUUAAAAUAUUUGGACAUUGAUAAUUCAGAGUUGGUUAAUACCUGGAUCAUGUGUUUUAAUCAGGUUAAAAGGUUUCACCCUCAGGUUUUUGAUGCUUUCAUGGAGGCAGAGAACGAGGACGAAAUUGGAAUCGAAAAGAUCCAAUAUACGCCAUACACAGGUAAACACUUGAAUGAUAUGAUCAGAAUCUUCUACAUGAAGAUAUCCGAAUUAAUAGAAAGAAAAGUUAGUCCAAAUGUUUCUAGAGAGAUGAAUGAUGGACAGCCACAAUUUGUUCCGAAUUUGUUUAAAAAAGUUUACGAGAUGAUUAUUUCAAAACCAGAUGUUUCUGCUGCUGAAAGAAUUGGAAAAGCUCUUUUCAAGUUACAAUCUAAACUGAGAGAACUUGAAAGAGAAUCAGCAUUUUUGUUAUGUCAACAUUUAAUGACCAAUGACCACCAGCACGAUGAUAUUAUUCUUAAAUUUCUCGUUAGCGGUGUCUCACCAUGGUACUUACAUCUGCAAAUUUACAUGCUGUCAUAUAAACUUGGAUUCUCAAAUUUGUUUUUAGAGAUUUAUGCUCAACAUUAUGAAUUGUAUAAAGCAGAUCCCAUUUACAAAUUGCCAGAUAGUAUGACAUUGUUGAAUGAAAUAAGAUCAAAUAGAGAUUAUCCUAAAGUGGUAAAUGCUGCAAAAAAUACAGUACAAGUCAAUAAUGUUUCAUCCAAGAACAAUAAAAAGAAGGAUGAAUGA